AACAAGAAUCAGCACUCCUUAUUUGUAUAUAUUUGGAUCUAGUUCACAUUAAACUGUUCUCCAACUUGUUGAUCUGUGUCAAAAGUGUUCAACCUAACCCAACUUUUUCUGUUGCAGCGCACCAAAACAACUGGUUCCACAAUUUUAAACUUUCGUGAUUAAAAUCAGAUAAUGGCCCAGAGAUAUCCAACCAACUGGGAUAUAGAAAAAUAUAUAGAUGACACAGAGCCUGAACACCAUUGGGAGUUGAGGAAGGCUUUUAUGAAUGCCCAUAAAGGAAAGUUUCAAGAAGACUAUCUUGUAGCCCUUGCUAAAACAUUCACAAAUAUAGAAUUUCUGGGGUGUAUUUAUCCAGAGGGUUUGAUGGUAAGAAUUGCUGAACUUUCUAAGGAUGUGGCUAAAGAAUAUAGAGAAAUUAAAAAGACAAAGUUACAGAGGACUUUUGUAUCUGGAUCGAAUGCUGCUGAAAACAAAAUAAAGAGGAGGAGAACAGAUCCAGGAGUUGUCCAACACAUUAAAUAGCUUGUAGAGCGAUUUAUAAAAUCAAUAGUAUAAUGAUUUAUAUAACAUUUUUUAUCUUCUAUAAGCUAUAAUUAAAAUUGAUAAUAAAUUCGUAUAAAAUAAAUACAAAACAAUGAAAAAAGUACUUUUUAUAACAGCAUAAUGUUUAAUGUUAGUCUACCAUCCUAUUAAUAAAGAUUUUUUAUAGUAAUUAUUUGUUCAAAUUAUUAUUACUGGUGUUAUGCAGGGCUUCAAUUGAAGCACUGAGCUGUUCCAGUCUUUGAAUCAGUUGGCUCAUUGUGUUUUGGGACCGCUGGAUAUUCUCGUCACUUAAGCCAGGAACUGUAGCAGAACCAAGGUCAAAGUGCAGCUUGGCCAAUUUCUCUUGUUGUUCCCUGAAAAUCAUUCAACAUGCCUGUAAAAUGAAGAACAGUGAAGGCUACAAUUCGUUCUUCCAUCAUCUUGGUAGACUCUAUGUUUUAAAAUUGAUAGAUUGGUAUAAACUCAAAGGCAAAUAAAGC